AUGGUGAAGAAGAAGAACCCCACCGCCGCCGCCAGUUCUGUGAGCAGCGGUGCUGCCGCCAAGGCUUCUUCAAACCCACCGAAGAAAAACGCUCCAGACGCUCCUCCUCCGGCUCCGGUGCCGCCAGUGCAUUCAAGCUCCACGGCUGGGUCCAACCUCGGCGAUGGGCUGGCGUCCUCCGUCACGAAGCGUGACGAAAAGAGGGCUCGGAGCCUUGGUCUAAUCUCUUCCGACGAGGGGAAUGUAAUUCUCCCAGAUCAUCCGCCAAUGGAGAUCCCCAUGGCUCCCGAAAGCUUGCGAGACCUGCCGGACGAUGCUUCUGAGGGAAGAGAUUCCUCAGCCCCUGUAGGAUUUCAUACUGACGAAAACGCAAGCCCAAAGGAUGAACGCGAUGACCCCAUGAACUCUGAAGUUGACUUUACCAAUCCUCCGCCCCAAGCCAACGAUAUUAGCGACACAGCGGGGUCAAUGCGUGAUGAUGACGCUGAUCAUGCUGCCUCUGUUGAUGCAGCUGCAGAGGAUGCCAGAGCUUCGCCUGUGAAGAGACCAUCUGGCGGUUUUGCCGACGAAGAUGAUCUUUUCGAUCUUGACGAAGGUUUCAUCGAGCCUCCAUCUAAGAAGGCCAAAUCUGGCGCUGCUCUGCCGAAUCUUGCAGCUUCCGAGGCUUCGGCCCCUACUGCAGUCCCCGCGGCCCAGAUAUCGACUGCUUCCUCCCUUUUCAAGGGGAAAGAUAUUCCUUCGACUGCUGCUGCCGCAACUCCUCCUUCAGGGAAACCUGUAAGUCUUUUUCUGUCGCAACGCAAGUUUUCCUGA